ACUCAGAGCUCAUGUAGUAGGUAGAUAGGCAGCCCAUAACCACCAGCAACGGAGUCCGACUUGGCCGUAACGUCAGUUGGCCAAAACACUUCUUCUCUAUCGCUUGUCGUGACGCUUAACAUUUUCGUCGUUGUCGUCGUUGUACCAAGUCGUCACAACGUCUUUCAAAAAAAAAUUAAUCACAAUGAAAAAAAUCGCAAACAACACGCAAUCGAAUUCAGAUUUCGCGCUCCUUAAAUAAAAAUUUCAAAAAAAAAAAAAAAAAUACGAUUCACUUUCAUUUUUCUAUACCUUCCCUCUCGUGCAAUACAUUUACAACCAAAAAAAAAGUUUAAACAAUUAAAAGCCAUUAUCCCACUUUUGAUAAGAAAUUUCAAAAAAAAAAAACCAACUGCAACUAAUAAAUUUAUCCAAAUUUGAAUAAAAAAAUAAAACAACGUUUCAUUGAGAAUUCCUACGUGUGUGCUCAAGUUAUGUUAUACAAGGUUAGUCACCAUCAGAUUGAAAAGCACCGAUACGCGGCGCUCGCAGCACCUGAACUCACCGCACCGCGCUCGCUAAUGUUGCUGCUAUUUCUUGAAAAGUGAGAGUGAUUUGAAGAGUGACAUAAAAAAUAAAAAAAAGUAAAAAAAAAAACAAGCAACACGCAUUCUAAUCAUCAUCUUAUAUUUUAUGUUGGUUUUUUGUUGAUUCGUUUAAACGACUAUGUGUGUGUAUAUGUGGAAAUGAAUGAAUUUUAAAUCAAAGUCGAAAAGAUAAAAAAUAAAAAUAUAUAAGAAUUCAUUUCAGCUAUUUUGUGUUUUAGUUUCACACUAUUUUUAUUUUUUUUUUUAAUUUAAAUAAAAAAAAAAAUUCAAACAAAGAUUUAAGAUAUACAAAAACGAAGCCAGAAAUUGGUUCAAAGCAAACAUGUUUCGAUGCUGUGUUCUUGUUGCGGUUAUCUUGAUGACCUUGAGUAGUAUAACACAAGCACUGAUUGUCCCCCAGGAACUUCCAUCUAUUUUAUCUCUAGUCUACUCAAAUAUUCCUCCAAUUAGAAAAGGAACCGAUUCUCGACUUGGAUUUGGAUUCCGUUUGGGUGAACAUGCCGACUUUCAAGUUGUAGUUGAACUUGGUCCUCAAAAGGACACUCGACCAAUUGGUAUGAAUCAAGAUGAUGAUAGUUCGAAUAGUAAACGUCAGGUCAAUCAAAAUGACUACAGACAAAUUCGAAGAACAACAACAACAACGACGACACCUCGUCCUUUAACAACAACACCAUCUCCUAAUGAUUAUAGUUGGUUAAGAGAAUGGUUCGGUGAAUGGACGGGAACAAAGAAACGGAAUGAUUCGCCAAAUUCUAGCAAAUAUCAAAAUAAAAAUUCGAUAAAUGAAAUAACAAAAAAGGGAUAUGUUAAAACAGCACCAAUAGUUCCAGAAUCAUCGUUAAAACAAUUACAACAACUCUACAAAAUGGCUACUAUGGAUCCAAUUGUUGUAGAAGAUACAACAACUCCACAGCCUUUAAGUAAGGAGAAGUUAAACGAAAUAGCAUCAAUAGCGAGUAGGUUAAAUAUUGUGGCAACGCGACAAGCAGUUUCAGCGAGAAAAACGAAAGGUGAAAUUACAGAAGAACUUAUGGAUGUUGAAUUGGAGUAACGACAAAAAUGGACAGACUUGAAAUAGUUACUUAGGGUGGGUUGUGAAUUUGUGUAAUUAUUAUAAUGAAGAUGCUUGAUUUGAUAGGCAAAAUUUGUGAAUUUUUUUUCUAUCGUUUUUUAAUAAAAAAAUUAGACAAAUCUUUACCUUCUUGUAAAAUUUAGAAAUUACUUAAAUACGCUUUUGUAUGUAAGAAUAAAUUUAUGUUAAAUUGUUAAAACAAAAAUGCUUAUUUAUAUUUAAACGAAAACUAUUAUU